AUGCUCAAGCCGUAUGUGAACGAUCAUCGAGACGAUUGGGAUGACCAUGUUCCCUAUCUGUGCAUGGCUAACAGAGCUACAGUGCAUGAAAGUACGCAGUUUACACCCAAUCGUCUUAUGCUUGGCCGAGAGAUUGACCUCCCUAUCGAUGUCAUGUAUGGGCGUCCGACUCAAACUCCUCUACAUCCUUGUUAUACCGAAUAUGUGGAAUGGUUUAAAGAUGUCACUGAGGAAUCUUUUGUAUGUGCCAGAAAUCAUUUGAAUCAAGCUGCCUUGCGACGGGAGAGAAAUUUUGAUGUUCAUGUGCAACCACAAAAGUUUGAAGAGGGAGAACUUGUAUGGUACUAUUACCCACUCAAGAAGAAGAAGCUGAGUUCUCCAUGGCAGGGUCCUUUCACAGUUAGGAGAUGUUUCCCCAAUCACACUUAUGAGAUACAAUGGAACCCAGGCGACAAGACGCGUGUGGUUCAUGUGGAUAAUUUGCGACCUUUUAUUCAUGAAGAGACCCAGGAACCAAGUGCUUUCUUAGAUGAUAGCCCGGCGGAUUCGGGGGAACACACACCAGAAAAGCCGGAUUCGGGGGAACAGACAUCGGAAGAGGCGAAUUCUGCGGAACACACACCAGGAGAGGCGGAUCUUCAGCCUUGUGAGGAAAUAAUACCUUGGUACGAGUUGCCCAAUCCAGAAGGACAAACUUUACGGAUGUCUAAGCGUGAGCGUAGACAGCCUGCAUAUUUUAAAGACUUUGUGUAA